GACUCUUGUGCGUACAGACGCGUACCGCUCCUGGCUGCAGCGCUGUGGGAGAACCCAGCGGAGCGAUGCCUUGAGCGGAACGGCGUGGAGAAGCCGAGCCUCCCGAAGAGGGCCGACUCUUCCACGCUCCACCUCGUCCACCGCAGACAGUUUCUGUAGGCUGCCUCCCCCCAACCUGACCUUCCCAACAUGGCGGCGCACCGCCCCUUUACGCUGCCACCGCCCGAGCCCCACAGGGGCCUCCUCAGUGAGCGGUGGGGCGGGCGCCGGGGGAGAGAGAAAGGGAGGGAGCCGAGGCUUGGCUGCCUAAGCGGGUGACUUUGAGACCGCGCCUGUGGCCAGGAGGCCACCGUUAGCAGCGGCUGGCGACGCCGAAGCGGCCGCGGCGUUUCUGAGGGGGGACGAGGAGGCUUCACUGCUCCCAGCCGCCUCGGGCGCUUUAUCGCUGACGAGAAAGAGGCGAGGAAGGAAGGAAGGGCAGCUGCCUGGGGAGCCGCGGCGGCCGCCUCCGCACCUGUCUCUGAGCCGGUGGCCGAAGAGACGAGGCAGAAGGGCGACGAGUGGGUGUCGCCGGCGCCGCCGAGCACCUGGCUCGCUCCCCCGCCUUCCCUUCCCGCCCUUCCUCAGUCGGCUGCCUCUCAGGGGAGUCCGAGCCAGCCGGGGCAGCAGUGGGACCCGUAAGGCGGCGCGGAGGAGGAGGAGGAGGAGGCGCAGCGGAGGCAGGGCCGGGAAACCACGGGUGGAGCCGCGACCUGUUUCGCCCAGGCGGCAGGCACCCGGAGGGACCUUUCUAAGCCGUCGCUGACGCACUUGCUGGUGCCCCCCCCCCCGGUGUCUCUCUGUCUCCUGGGCGGGAGGGAGGAAGAAAUCUCUGCAUCUGGGGCUGGUGGCGCGAAGAGGAACUGGAGCUGCGGCGUGGGCUGCAAGAUGAACCCCAAUGUCACCUACGCCAGCCGUAAGCGGCGGAAACCCGUGCAGAAAAUAGUGAAACCUUCCCCUCCUGAGGGAGCCAAGUCUAACCCAUCAAAAAGGCACAGAGACCGACUGAAUGCAGAGUUAGAUCGCCUGGCUGGUCUUCUGCCAUUCCCUCAGGAUGUUAUUGCCAAGCUGGAUAAACUGUCUGUGCUUAGGCUCAGUGUUAGUUACCUGAGAGCCAAAAGUUUCUUUGAUGUUACGUUAAAAUCAUCAGGAUCUGCAAAACUUGAUAGAAAUGGCAUCCAGGACAACUGCCGAACAACUAAACCUGGAGAAAGUAUACAUCUAUUAGAAGGAGAACUUUUACUACAGGCAUUAAAUGGCUUCGUUUUGGUGGUCACAUGUGAUGCGCUCAUAUUUUACGUCUCUUCUACAAUCCAGGAUUACUUGGGUUUCCAGCAGUCUGACAUUAUACACCAGAGUGUAUUUGAAUUAAUUCACACAGAAGACAGACCAGAAUUCCAGCGCCAGCUUCACUGGGCUCUUAACCCAACACAAACUACAGAUUCUGGACAGAUAACAGAAGGAGAUAAUGGCUUUUCACAAUCAGCAACAUAUUAUAACCCAGAACAACUACCUCCAGAGAAUUCUUCGUUUAUGGAACGAAACUUCAUCUGCAGAUUACGCUGCCUCCUGGAUAAUUCUUCUGGGUUCUUGGCCAUGAAUUUUCAAGGGAGAUUAAAGUUUCUUCAUGGUCAGAACAAGAAGGGGAAAGAUGGGGCAGCUGUAUCUCCUCAGUUGGCUUUGUUUGCUGUAGCCACUCCUCUUCAACCUCCAUCCAUCCUUGAAAUACGUACCAAAAACUUCAUCUUCAGAACAAAGCACAAACUGGACUUCACACCUAUAGGAUGUGAUGCAAAAGGACGAAUUGUGCUGGGCUACACCGAAGCAGAAUUGUGCAUGAGAGGAACGGGAUAUCAGUUUAUCCAUGCAGCUGAUAUGCUUUAUUGUGCUGAGAAUCAUGUCCGAAUGAUAAAGACCGGAGAAAGUGGUAUGACUGUAUUUAGGCUUCUUACCAAAGAAAAUCGAUGGGCCUGGGUUCAAGCAAAUGCACGACUGGUUUACAAAAAUGGGAGACCAGACUAUAUUAUUGCCACUCAGAGACCUAUUACAGAUGAAGAAGGGUCAGAGCACUUACGGAAGCGAAACAUGAAGCUGCCCUUCAUGUUCACUACAGGUGAAGCCGUCUUAUAUGAAGUGACAUUUCCUCAGCUUGGCUUAAUGGAUUCUUCUCAAGCAAAGGCUAAAAGCAGCUUCGGAAAAGGAGCAGCUUCCAAGGCUACGCAACCCAAACAGUCGGUUGAUCCCAGCUCGCUUUUGGGUGCAUUGAUGCAGCAGGAUGAAUCUGUGUACCGCUGUCCACCUGCUUCAAAUAAAAUUUCUUUUGAAAAGAACAUUUUUACAGAUACCAGGGAUGAACUGGGUGAUGCCAUUGCCAGUGAUUGGCAGGAUAAUAUUUUUCCAGUGGGAAAUAGCAGCCUUCUGAAACAAGAGGAGACUGGGUGUCCACAGAAUAAUAACUUGAUGCUUCCUGAAGAUAGUGUGGGGCUCUUUCAGGAUAAUAAAAACAGUGAAUUGUAUAACAUCAUGAAAACACUAGGUAUUGACUUUGAAGAUAUAAAAUGUUUUCAGCAGGAUGAAGAGUUUUUUAAAAAUGAUCUUUCUGAUAUAGAUGAUAUUAGAGACAUUGACAUUACUGAUGAAAUCUUGACGUACGUUCAGGAUUCCUUAAAUAAGACUGAUCUCUUGUAUCCGUGGUGCCAGCAGCAACAGCCCAUGGUUCAGAAUUCAAGCUGUUUAAUGCAGCAACAGUUGGAGCAACAGCCACCAGUUGCAGAACAAAGGCAGCUGUGUCAGAAGAUGAAGCACAUGCAGGUCAAUGGGAUGUUCACAAACUGGACCUCAGUCAGCAGCAUGCCUCUUAAUGCUUCACAGCAACAAUCACACCCUUGUGUCUUUCCUGGUGUUCAAGAAUUGACUCAGGAGUUCCCUUACAAGUCUGAAGUUAACACGGCAACGUAUGCAUGUAGGCAAGAGUUUACUCCUUACAAACACCCCACGAACAUGGUGUCACAGCUUUCAGAUUUUCCACAGAUAGAUUUCCCAGUAGGAGGUUUUGACAGAUCAACGUAUUCAGGUUCUUCUGGCUUAGAGGAUUUUCUCAGUUGUUUGCAGCAAGUCCCUGAAAGUCAAGAUUCUGGAAUAAAUUCUCAGCCAGUUAUAGUAACUCCUCAGACAUGCUAUGCUGGUGCUGUGUCAAUGUACCAGUGUGUUUCUGAAAUGCAGACAGACUGCACGGAAGAAAUGCAGUAUAAUCCUGUGGUGUCGGGACAACAAACAUUGCUAAGCAAGUUCCAGGACAGUUUUAAUGGAGGAAGCCUGAGUGAUACAUAUCCACCACAGUUGGAUGUCGUCAGCAACCAACCUGUCACACAACUUCAGCCUGUUCAUCAUCCAACAGAAUCCAGAUCUUUCUCGGAUUUGGCAUCCAGUGGUUUUAUGUAAUUCAAGAGCAAAUUCCUGCAGAGAAUUAGCUCAUGAGUGGAUUCUUAAAAACCCAGAUUGGAGUUUGUUUGCAUAUAUAUAUGCAUGCAUACAUAUAAGAUUUUUGUCAUCCAGAACAUAAUAUUAAGAAGGGUGGAAGUUGGAGUUGCAAUCUAGGCCUAAAGUGUGCAUGGUAAUCUUCAGAAACUGAAAAUAUGCACUAGUGCAAUAUUGUGUACUGCAUCACAUUGUAGAACAUAAGAUAAGGCAAAUGGUUUUAUUGUUUUGAAGGAAAAAACAGGCACUUUGACAAUCUCAUUUGGAGUUGUAUAAGAAAAGAGUUUUCUUGGAUUUUUAAAGGCUUUUGAAAUAAAGGCCAGUGUUCCAAACAGAAGAAUGAGGUAAAACGCUGGAUUUUAUUGCAUCCUGUAUCUUUCCUUUAGUUUGUUGACUUCAUUUACUAUUUUUCAGCUUCUCUUUUCACAUUACAUUUCAGGUUCUAGCACUUUAGUAGGAAGUUCAGUACAAAGAAUUUGAUAUGCAACUUUUGGUUUUGUACAACCAAAUCCAUUCCUCAUUUAUGGUUAGCCUUAAGUGCCUCACAACUUAGCUACCUUAUUUCUGAAAGGAGCACGUGCGGGGAGGAUCACUCUAAACUUAUUCAUACUUUGUGACAGUUCAGUAGCAACUUUGAUUUGGUUUUUAAAAGCAAUGUAUUCAUUCUGAGUCAGUAUUCACUUCUUUUGAAUUUCAGACAAUUCUCUAUAUGGUGAGUUUUUACAUGGUUAAAGACUGAAAGUUUGUUUUGUUUUUCUGUAUUUUUCAGGUUCAACAGGGUAAAAACCAAUAUCUUGUAGGAGAAAAUUUCCUCAGGAUUAGCUCUGAAUCUCAAAUUAUGAACAAAACAUGUGCCUUAUCUUGUGUUACAGUACUUAUUAAAUGGUCUUUUUUAAAACUGCAAGGCCUCUCUAUGCAAAUACUUCCAUUAAAAUGGGUAUUGACAGUUUAAUUUUAAAAAACUGGUAGAAAGCAUUGUCUUGAUAGUGAAUAGUACUAAAGUUUACUUUUGUACAGAUUUCUACACCAAGGGUCAUAUUUUGAUUGGCUGCUGCUUUUCAUCUGUUGAGAUGGGGAAGAGGGUCUGCUGGUAUUAAAUAUCCCUGACAAUU